GAUCGAACAAUAGACAGCCCAAAACUUUCGGGUACAGCGUGUGUUCAGUGUUGCAGUGCUUUAGUGUUUCGUGUGGUGAAGAACAAUGUUCCGAUUUGUGAGCUGCUUUGCCCUGGUGGCCAUUGCGACCGCUGCCUAUACCGGUAGCGGCCAUUACAGCUCGAAGUAUGCCGCUAGAAAGUUUUACCAUCAUGGUGCCGCAGACGAACCGGCAAAGGCGGCACCGGCGGAAGACCAUCACCACGAGUCGUCGCACCAUCACGAGGAGCAGGAUCAUUUCGUUGAUUACUACGCACCGACCAACUACAAGUUUGAGUACGGUGUAAAGGAUCCGCACACCGGUGACCACAAGACGCACUGGGAGGAACGCGAUGGUGAUGUGGUGAAGGGUGCCUAUACUGUGCUGGAUGCUGAUGGUAGCUCGCGUUUAGUCGAGUACACCGCCGAUCCUCACCAUGGAUUCAACGCGGUAGUUAAGAGGAUCGAACACUCGCCCAUCCCGAAAAAGGAACACCAUCAUGUGGCGCCGGCACAUGAGGAGCAGCAAGAAGAACAUCACCAUCAUCAUCAUCAUCAGCAGGAGGAUGAGCAUGUGGAAUACAAGCAUGCGAACCAUCAGUACCACCAGCAGCCGGAACAUCAUGGGUAUGGUUAUGGCAAGGGCUACUAGGAGGGAAAGUUCUUCAAUCACUGCAGCAUCCUGAACCCUGUGUACCUGAAGAAAAGGGGGUUGUAGUUUGUUUGUAAGCGAAAGUUGUACACUAUAUUUGUACUGGUUUCUAAAUACACCCAAAGACUGU